UUCGGUCGGCUAACGUUCCAUUGCUUCUCUAGGAAGUUUCGAGAACGGAUACGAGAGCGGGUAAUAUUGGUGGGAGACUCUCGAGCACUCACGCAGUUUAGUUCGUGAAACGCUAUCGUUCGUGUGCGGGGAACGGAAAGACAGGGAAAGAGUGCGAGAGCGUGCGGUACGCGCGAUCAUUCUUCACGAGCGCAACGAGCUUCUCGUCUCGCCGUUAGGAGCAAUCUUGGCAUAAUACCGCGAAUCAUUUAAUCGAAGAUGGUUAAGGAAACCACGUUUUAUGACGUAUUGGGCGUGAAGCCCGGAAAUUCCUCACAGGAGGAUUUGAAGAAGGCUUAUAGGAAAUUGGCGUUGAAGUAUCAUCCUGACAAGAAUCCCAAUGAGGGCGAAAGGUUUAAGCAAAUCUCUCAAGCAUACGAGGUAUUGUCGAAUCCCGAGAAGAAGCGUAUCUACGAUCAGGGUGGUGAGCAAGCUCUGAAGGAGGGCGGCAUGGGCAACAGUGGUUUCUCCUCUCCUAUGGAUAUCUUUGAUAUGUUCUUUGGUGGAGGAUUUGGUGGACGUAGGGGAAGGAGAGAGCGUAAAGGUCAAGACGUGAUGCAUCAAUUGUCAGUUUCCUUGGAGGAACUUUACAAAGGAACCGUGCGUAAACUCGCUCUGCAGAAGAAUGUUAUCUGCGAAAAGUGCGAAGGUAUUGGUGGCAAAAAGGGAUCCGUUGAGCAAUGUUCGACAUGCCACGGCUCUGGCCUGCAAGUACAAAUUCAGCAAUUAGGUCCGGGAAUGUUGCAACACUUACAGACCAUGUGUUCGGACUGUAAGGGUCAGGGAGAACGCAUCAAUCCCCGCGAUCGUUGCAAACACUGUAAUGGAAGGAAAACGAUUAGAGAUAGGAAAAUUCUCGAGGUUCAUGUCGAUCCGGGCAUGGUGGAUGGUCAAAAGAUAGUCUUUACCGGUGAAGGUGAUCAAGAGCCCGAUCUCGAGCCUGGAGAUAUAGUUAUCCUUCUUGAAGAGAAGGAGCAUGAAGUAUUCAAGCGUUCAAGAAACGAUCUGGUGAUGCGGAUGCAACUGGAACUAGUGGAGGCGCUCUGCGGAUACCAGAAAGUUAUUCGUACUUUGGACGGUAGAGAUCUACUUAUAACUUCGCUUCCGGGGACUAUAAUAAAACAUGGAGACUUGAAGUGUAUCUUGAACGAGGGCAUGCCGAUUUACAAGGAUCCGUUUACACACGGCAGACUCAUAAUACAAUUCGUAGUCAAUUUCCCGAAGAGCAUAGAUGCGUCGCUCGUUCCAUCAUUGGAGCAGUGUCUGCCGCCGAGGGAAGAAGUUAUAAUCCCGGACGGCGCUGAGGAAUGCUUACUCACUGACCUGGAGCCCGACCAGGAGCAAAGGCGGAGAGACACGAGACAAGCGUACGAGGAGGACGAGGGAGGUCCAUCGCGAGUCCAAUGUGCCACGCAUUAAUUUGAUUACACUAACCCUGUAAUAAACAUAGCCAUUUUUCUCAUUUCGAACUCUCUGUCCCAUUCGCUCGACUCCGUAUCACGCUGAAGAAAGAAAUAACAUAUAGUCGGACAUUAUAGAUGAACUGCUCGAUGAGCAGAAGAAAACACGAAACGAUUUGUGUCUUGGUACACGCAGAACUGUGAGUACUGCAAUUAUUGAUCCUUUCCACGAUUCUUACGCGAAGAUUCUCAUGCGAUUUGCAGAUGAGACAGAUCGAUAACUCGUAAUCUCGCCGAGUAAUGAGAGGUAGUUCUCAAUUAUGAAAAUGUACUAAAGGUUGCAGAACGAGACAUGUCAAUGGGAUACGUUAAGCUUCGCUUAAGUAGAGGAUCAUUAAAAGUACGUACUUACUCUUAUGCAGCGAUAAGGGAAUUAAAAUUAAUUUAACGAUGUAACGUUAUACGCGAUAUCGAUCGUGAGUCACAGCAUAAUGGAUUGCAUUAUGUAUCCUCGAACAUUGCGAUUAUUCUCCGCUGUUUGACCAAUUAUACCGCUCCAAUAAUCAGCUAACAGCUCCGCAGUGGCUAUUACGUGGCUAAACAUAGAAUUAAAAUUCAUGCAUUUGCAUAUAUUUAGUUGGAAUUGGUGAAUUAUUUGUACAUUUCAUGAUUAUCUCUGCUCCUCCUGACUAUUAAGUAGCAGCACUCUUACUUCGAAACCUUAAAGUCUGAAAAUUGUUAUCUUGCAGUUUUUUCUAGAACUUGGGAGUAAUAAUAGCGGGAUGUGUCAGUCUACGAAACGGUAUAAACUACGUUAAUAAACUGCGAUAAUAUGAUGCUAUCGGUCAUAUAUUAGAGAUCUCGAAAAAAAUUCUUCAAAGCGGGACAUUAUUCCAUACUCGUAGUAUUUAAUUAUUUUCCAGUCGCUUUUGUAUACUGGCGUGUGACGAUAAUAACGGAAAGAUGCAAUUUUGUUUGCAAAUGAUGCAAAUAAAAUAGAGAAUCAGGUUCCUGUGUGUGUGGACGAUUGCGCGUAUUCGCAAACAGCUCCGUGGAAUUCCGUGCUGUUGAUUUUAAUGAUCCUUCUCCUUACUUUUGCCAGUGCUAAGAUUUUUUUGUAUGCUUGGUAAAAUUAAUUCUACAGUAAAAUAUCACUCUGAGAAUUGCAUAAAAAUUUCUUAACGAUUACCACUUGUUUUGACAGUUUUUCGGCAAUUUUUACCUGUAACUCCGUCAUUAACGCGCAUGAACGAAUGCUCUAGAUGAUUCUUAUAAAUCCUUGUACUAUAUUAAAUUAAUAUACUUUCAAUAUACAUUUACAUCAUUUAUUGUGUACAUGAUUGGUGUACUCGUCCGCAGUUAUAGUAAUUUUAAUAAAUAGCCGCAUAUGUCUCGUAAUGUUAUUUAUUAUAGGAAGAAUUGGUGAUUGAUUAGUAUUUUUUUCAGCGUCACAAAUAAAUUCAAACAAACUG